CAUAUAUUUUUUUCAUUCUCUUUAUUGUACUAUUAAUUGGUCCGGCUUUUAGGACUACAAUUGCCAAUAUACCUAGAAGAAUUGGACAAACAAUACAAUUAUUUCUUGUAGUUAUUAGCGCUUUGUUAGCGCAAUGUAUUCGUCCGCCAAAAAGUUACAACGAGUCUUAACCUCGCAGGAAAUCCGCAAGACAUUCAUUGACUAUUUCAAAAUAAAUCAUGAUCACAAAUUUGUGCGGUCCAGCCCGGUAGUGCCAUUCUGUGACCCGACCGUGGCAUUCGUUAACGCUGGUAUGAAUCAAUUCAAGUCCGUUUUCUUGGGUAAAGCUCAACCGCCUUAUCCUCGAGUAACCAAUUCGCAAAAAUGUGUUCGAGUUGGUGGUAAACACAAUGAUCUUUCUAUUGUGGGUCAGGACAGCUAUCAUCACACAUUUUUUGAAAUGUUAGGAAAUUGGUCGUUUGGAGAUUAUUUUAAGCGUGAAGCCUGUGAACUAGCCUUUGAACUUUUACGUGGUCCCUAUAACAUUGAUCCAAGCAGACUAUAUGUAACAUAUUUCGCAGGUGAUAAAGUACUUGGUCUGCCUGCGGAUUUGGAAUGUUAUGAAAUAUGGCGUAGUUUAGGUUUUCCCGUUGAAAGAAUAUUACCAUUUGGUUGUAAAGAAAACUUUUGGGAAAUGGGUGCGACUGGCCCAUGUGGUCCCUGUACAGAAAUACAUAUCGAUCAUUGUCCUACAAGAGGUCAUGAACGCGCGAAGCUCGUUAACACGGACAGACCAGAUUUAACCGAAUUGUGGAAUUUGGUAUUUAUCCAAUACAAUAGGAACGAAAAUGGAUCUGUAACACAAUUACCCGCACAACAUGUAGAUACAGGCAUGGGAUUUGAAAGACUAACUGCAAUUUUACAAAAUAAAUCAUCCAACUAUGACACAGAUCUUUUCAUGCCAAUUUUCAACGCCAUUCAAAAAAUAACACACGCACCCCUUUAUAGUAGUAAAUUCCCAACUCCCCUAGAAGACGCAACACUGGACACCGGAUAUAGAAUUCUAGCAGACCAUUCUCGUAUGAUAACGGUUUGUUUAGGAGAUGGCAUGUUACCGGAUCAAAACCAAAAACUGCGACGGGUUUUACGCAAAGCAUUUACCAUCAGCGAAACUAUAUUUAAAAAUGAGAUGUUGGUAUCUCAACUUAUACCUAUAGUAAUAGAUACAAUAGGUAUGGCGUAUCCGGAUUUAUAUAAUAAACAAAGUUCCAUACUCGAGUUAAUAGCUCAUGAACGCGAAGUAUUCAAGGCAUUACGGGAAAGCUCUUCGAGAGCAUUUGCUGAGGUCCUAAUGGAAUAUCCUAACCUGGAAGAAGUUGAUUUAAUGGAAUGUCCCGGUUUUGUGUCAGCUUAUCGAGAUUUUAAAAUUCACAAGGAAACAUUUAAUAAUAAUAUCAUACCCGCCAAAUUUCUGUUCAAACUUACGGAUACUUAUGGUUUAACUGAGGAAAAUUUCAAAAAACUUGCGGAAUUAGAGAAUAUGGAAUGUGAUUUAAAUGGUUACUUGAAAGAAUUAGCGAAUGCUAAGCUAAGAUCAAAAGCUUCCUUAAGCGAUGGUAGCAGUGAAAACAAGCUAAAAAAUCAACAGCAUACAAACGAAGCGCUUCUACUGCUCACGCAGAAACUCAAUUACACAGACAAUAGUACGAAAUAUAAUUAUAGUUACGAUAUAGAUAAAAAACGGUAUAAUAUUCCUUGCGUUUCGGCCCGAGUUACUGGUAUGGUAUUUGAUGGCAAAGAAACAAACACAGUGUCAUUAAAAAACUCGCAAUCAGAAUUAUUAUAUGCGGUAACAGACAUCACAAACUUUUAUCAUGAGUCUGGUGGACAGCAAAGUGAUAUUGGCUCAAUGCUGCUAACAUCUGAAAUAAAUGGCGAAACACUUGAAUUGCCUGUCAGAGAAGUUAUAGCUAUGAAUGAUUGUAUUAUACAUGUGUGUGACUUGUCGAAUGUUGAAAAGGACUUUAUAUUGAAAACAGGUGCUCAAAUAAAGCUUUUAGUAGAUGCUAAUCGCCGUCAACUGACAACAUGUCAUCACACAGCAAUCCAUUUGUUAAAUGCUGCUAUCCGUGCGCUGUUCAAAAAGGUCACCUAUCAAGUCUCCAGUGCCGUUACGACUGAUAACUUCAAGCUUGAGGUAGGUCUAAUUGGAAAACGCAUUAAAAAGGAGGAUAUUACACAGCUGGAAGAUAUGAUUGUAGGUACUAUAAACUCCAAAGUGCCAGUGGAUGUGAACAUUAUAAACGCCAGUGACGUAUUACAACAAGACGAUAUUACAAUGAUACCUGGGGAAAUAUAUCCUGAGACUGGACUACGGUUAAUAAGCAUAAACUGUGAGAAGCCUCAAUUGAUUUCCAAAGAGUUGUGUUGCGGAACUCAUGUGACAAAUACACAAGAAAUAGAAUAUUUUUGCAUCACAAAUCUUAGACAAACGAAUCGUGCACGAUUUUCUUUCACAGCAGUUGCAGGCGAAGCCGCAAAAAAUGCUUUAAAAAUAGCAGCUCUCUUACAACACCGUGUGGACAUGCUGGAUAAAGAGUUUAAGACUGAUAAAGUUACAAAUGCCACUGAGAUUGAACUGCAAAAGAUACGCCACAAUUUGAUACAUAUGGAAGUUGCGUUACCAUACGUGUUUAAAAUUGACACCAUAGCACGGAUUAAUGAUAUGCUCAAAAAGCUUAAAGAAACAACCCGGACAACUUUAAAAGAGUUUGUCGAGGUCGAAAUGAAAACGUUAUUACAAGAAAAACCUAUUAAAAGCCAUCCCUUCAUUGUGCAUUACAUCACAAGCUCAGCACUGGUCGAAGAGGUGCCCUUGCAAAGGGCUACAAAACUUUGUACCGAUCGUCCGAUACUUGUAGCUAGCAUGUGUGAUAGCAUCGUUAAAGCACGUUGUUGUGUGCCCAAGAAAUUUGUCAGCGAUCAUUUUGAUGCCGAACAAUGGCUAAAAGAAUUCGCAGUGGUUUUUAAAUCGCAGGUUUCAGCACCAAAGGGUCAAGAUUCCGCAGAAGUAUGUAAUAUGAAAGGCAGAAAAGUGUCCACUUUAUUCGAGGAACAAUUAGAAGAAGCUAUCGGCAGGGCACAGACUUUCGCCUCUCAACGCCUUUUGUUGUGAUUUUAGCUUUACAAAAUCAAAGAAAAAAAAAACACUUCAGUAAAAUAAUAACAUGUGCAUAUUUUUUUUCUUAGGUGAGUUAAAAGUAAAGUUUUUAUUUUGCAUAUUUUCUAUGAAUAUACAGCGGUAUCUUCAGUAAAUAUGCGAAAAAUAAUUGGAACUUUUAUAAAAUAUCUCUUGAUUUUGAGUAACGAAAUAUUAUGUAACUCCAAGAGCUAAUCCUAAUCUCAGACCUCAAUUAAGGAUCUCUGGAAUAUAUCCAUGCUAGUGUUUAGCUGAGUGAAAUCUUUAAUAUUUUAUUUGCACCCAAAGUGUAAAAUAAUAUAUGGUUAUCAGUGGAGAUGGGUAAAAAUACGUUUUGUAUUUCAUAGAAAACAAAAAAAUAUAUCUAUAUAUUUCUUUAAAAAUCUAAUAAAGCGUUGCACAUGCUAUAUAAA